UUCAAUAUUCCAUCAAAAAUGUCUCUCAUUUAAUUAAUUGUAUUACGGGGACAGCACUCAAAAGGGCCGAAUCCCAUUGAACUUUCGCCCAUCUCUUGACCUCCCAGGUCGCUCUGGGCCAAAACACAUGUGGAUCCAGGGCCCAGACGACAGACAGGCAAGGUCUGUCUCUCGCAGCAUGUGGCCUGCUUUACGGCGCAUAAGGGAUACAAAUUUUUUGGCUACUGCCGAAUUGCUGGCUGAAUGGCUUUGCAGGGAACUAAAAGGACUGCGUGUGGCAUUCGUGGAAUUGGCGAGAAAGAGUGAGGUGGCGGAACGGAUGUCCUGCCAUAACGCAAAGCACACCGGAAGCGCCAGCAGACGCUGCUGUUUGUCGUUGAAAGGAGCUCGGCUAAAAGGAUUCCGCCGCAAUUUGUUUGAUGUUUGCUACGUGUUUUCAAAUAUGUUCCGCAGCUUCAGCUACCCCCCCGUCCUCGUUGGCUGGCGACAUUCGGUGCCGGCCAAUUGCAGCAGCAACGAAUGCUGGAAAAUAUUUCACAGAAAAUUCUUCAAACUUUCCCAGGCAGACUUCUUUUUAUGCGACUGCGGAGGAUGCUAUAAGAAAUGAGCAUCCCAUGGCGUCUGAGCAUUUGUUUUUGUGUGCUGAUGCUUGUCUAAUAAUAAACUGCGUUCCAAAAAAGCUUGGGAAUAAGCUUGCAAUAAAA